AUGACUAUGAUCUCUCCUCGGUCUUACUGGGAAGGAUAUGUCGAUCAGCGGGCUGGGCUUUCGUUGGGAAAUGCCGUGCAGUUAAGAAAGACAGUGGCCAGCAGCGGGGCAGAACAAGAAGUGGAGAACCUCUCCGGCCUGUCUUCGAACCCUGAAAAGGCUAUUUUUGUAGUUCGCGAAAAUGGAACGACCUGUCUUAUGGCGGAAUUCGCGGCGAAGUUCAUCGUUCCCUAUGACGUGUGGGCCAGCAAUUAUGUAGAUCUGAUCACAGAGCAAGCCUACAUCCCGCUUUCCCGGGGAGCAGAAGAGCAGGGGAAAUGCGGCAGCAACGAAGCCGAACUCCAGAUUUUUUGGAUAGACAAAGCUUACACCCUGCGACUUUACUUUGUCAAGGAGGGUCGCAACACCAGCACAGGGCCCGAGGCCUGGUGGAAAAUGAACAAAGUCCAGUUCGUCUACGACAGCUCCGAGCGCACCUACUUCAAGGACGCGGUUAACCCCGGGAAACACACAUCUACCACACGCCAUCUUUCUGCUUUAGUCACCCCAGCUGGGAAGUCUUACGAAUGCCAAGCUCAGCAGACAAUCACCUUGACCUCCAGCGACCAUCAAAAAUCUGUAGUUCUCUUGCUGUCGGAGGUCCGCCUUCAGCCCUUUGACAUCAGCUCUGAUUUCACCUUCAGUGAAGAACAUAAGUGCCCUGUAGACGAAAGGGAACAGUUAGAAGAAACCCUCCCUCUCAUUCUGGGCUUGAUCUUGGGACUUGUUAUUGUGAUCACUCUCGGCGUUUACCAUCUCCACCUCAAAAUGACCGCUAGUCAAGUCCAAAUCCCACGAGACAGAUCUGAGUACAAACAUAUGGGAUAGUAGCUGGCACGCUCACCAGCCAGCUGAAGCAAAAGCACUUUUUUCUCCUGUAGGCCAGGGGCUCCCAUGUGAUGAAAUAAAACUUAACUACUUUAUAAUGACCAAAAGGGGGAGGGCAGGAAAGGGUGGGGGCGGGGGGCAGCAGGAGCAGCCAUUUCUCAAAAGUCAGUACUUCAGAGCACAAGGCAACAUUUUCUUCUUGGAAGGACCAUUGAUGUAAAAUGGCAGCUUCCUUCCCAUUCAUGUUCUGAGGGAAGAAAUUAGGAUGGAGGUGUAUGUUUUGCUCUGAGUACUGCUUGAUCUGCUGCUACUGCUGCUGCUAGGAUGGGUUGGAUCUGAUGAUCUGGGAAUGGAGAUCCAUAAUUUUAAUGGAAGGAGUGAGGAAAGACAUAUUUUCCCCCUUUUAUCCUGCAGCCCUUUAUGCUUCUUGAAAAUACGGAUGGGAGGUUGAAGGAGAACAGAAACUGUUGAAGAUCAUCUCCAAUCCUUCCAUGAAUGAAAACCUCCUCUGGGCCACAGUCUUUUCCUUUGAAUGGAAGGACUUUUUCCAUCCAUGGAAAAGCUUCUUUGGAUCCAACCCAUCACCCUAUAUUCCCAAAGCUCCAACUUUUCCUAUGGGAGCAAAGGGAUGGUUAAGGAGCCAGGGAUCUAGGAUAGCAUCCUAUGGAGACAUUCCCCAAGGAAUGAUGCCAUUUUGAAAAAGAAACAAAAAUACCAGCCAAAUCCUGCUCACCUUAUGUUAAGCCGCCACAGCUUCACUUCAAGUUCAUCUCAACCAAGAAUCUAUUUCAAUCAGGCAGGGUGGGUGGGGGAAGAGAAAAGAACCCAUGAUCUUAGCUUGAGGAAAAAUUGUUUUUUGCUUAAUGGGAAUGCUUUAGCACCAGAACAACUUUAUAGUUGUUGCUGCUCAAAACAUAAGAGUGUCAUGCUAUUGUAAGCCAAGUGAGAAAUGCUUCUGGGCUGAGCACCUUGCAUGUACUGUGAUUGAAAAAAAAAAUGCCUACCACUCCAUGAUGACUUCAUUUAAGACAACAACCACAAAACGUUCAUAUGACUAUGCAGAUAUCUUCAGGUGUUAUAAAUAUAUAUGUGUAAAUAUAUAUAUGGGGGGAAAACCCCUCCCAAUAAAUCCUGAAUUAUGUUGAUUAA